CCGUUAACCCCGAUGGAAGAAGAAGUACGUCAUCGCUGUGCGUCAUUGUCACGAAAGGGUGGCUGGCAGAUGCCUUUUCGAAACAACAAUAACCUGUUGUCGCUCAGCUGAAGAAUAGGCCUAGUCUUAGGGAUGCCGAAGAAGUUCCAGGGUGAGAACUCCAAGGCGGUCACUGCCAAGGUCCGCAAGGCAGAGGCCAAAGCAGUGGAAGACGCCCGCAAGAAGAAGGAGCUGGAGGAUGCACUAUGGCAGGAGAACGACAAACAUGUCCUGAAGAAAGAACAGAGGAAGGAUGACAAGGAGAAAAAGCGCCUUGAGGCCCUGGAGCGAAAGAAGGAGAACCAGCGGCUCUUAGAUGAGGAGGCUGCAAAGAUUAAGGGCAAGGCCAAGGAGGCUGCUGCUGCUGCUGUGGUGGCAGGCAAAGUGACUCGGGCCCAGAUUGAGGAGACGCUGCGUGUCGAGCAGCAGCUACAACAGCAGGAGCAACCUAAAGAGAAAGAGAAGAGCCACCUGGAGACGCCCCUGGAGGAGAAUGUGAAUCGCAUCAUUCCUGAGGAAGGUGUUGUGGAGGCUAGAACCAUAGAGGAUGCCAUUGCCAUGCUCAGCACGGCUGAAGAGCUCGACCGCCACCCAGAGCGCAGGGUGAAGGCAGCGUUCGCUGCGUUCGAGGAUCUGAACAUGCCCCUUCUUAAAAAAGAGAACCCCAACAUGCGGCUGUCGCAGCUCAAGCAACAGCUGAAAAAGGAGUGGAUGAAGUCGCCAGAGAACCCCUUGAACCAGCGCUUUGCCAACUACAACACAAAGUGAACCAACUCCAGCAGCAGCUAAUACAAAACUGUCUACCUAUGCACAUUGGACCUUACAAUGGAAGAUGCCCCCAACCUAUAAUUAUUCCCCCAUUUAUGAAUGUGUUGCUGGAAAAGCUGCACUCAUUUCCUAGGACCUCCGAUGCAAGGAAUGCCUUUGGGACUUCCGCUUGUUACGUUCCGAUUUGACACGGAAAAGCAAACCCCCUCCCCCAACCAAUGUUCCUGAUGAUUUUACUUUACUGUGCAUGUCCACUUGUGAAGCAUCUCGGCAGUUUAUGGAUUUUAUUCCCACUGUCAGUUUUUGGCACUUAUGUUGAAAAGGGAUUAAAGUCAUUUAUUUCAGUUCACAAUACACUAACAUAUCUAAUUCUUUCUGAGAAUGAGACUACAGGUAUGUGAACUGCACUCUUGCCUAUCGUAGUCGCCUCCAUUAACCCCCGAUGACGAUAAUAAUAACCCACAUAAGAAAAUAUCACGACCAGAGCCAGUUGUUGACUUGUAAGAAUACUGGCUUGUUAUGAACUGCCAUUUUGAGCACCACUGGAAAUGACAACCCCUUUCCCUAUGAUAAAGUGUCAUGUGGCACCUGUUCCCCAUCCUAA